UUUCGCGCUGCAUUGCUCCAUUGGGAAAUGGCCGCGAGUUGACUCUUUAACCUUUUCGCAAUGGUGCUGCGGAUGCUAGGCUCGUGUUAAGGCUCUCUUUUUCUUUUUUUCCUUUUGGUUAGAUACAGUUUGACAUUUACGACGCACAACAUGGAUCGAUUUCUCUUGGAGAGUAAACGUAACUUGGAAAAGCUCGACACUUUCACUAAAGUGCAUGUCGUGCUCGGAAAUGAAGCUUGCGAUUUGGAUUCCGCCGUGGCUGCUAUUGUCACCGCGUACCUGCUGCAUGAGCUUCAGCCGGUCGCGACAUUACUCGUCGUACCCGUACUUAACAUUGCGAGGAAGGACGUCAAACUACGAACGGAGAUCACGUAUUUCUUCGAACAAGUGGACAUUCCUCUCGACACUCUUGUCUGCCGGGACGAAAUCGACUUAAAGAAACUUCACGCUCAGUCAAAGUUGUCGCUGACCCUAGUGGAUCACAAUCUUUUGCCCAAAGAAGAUGCUGACUUGCAGGCUGCAGUCCAGGAGAUCAUUGACCACCACAGAUUGGAAACAUCUCACAGAUGUGACAAGACAGUCGAAAUGGUUGGAUCAUGCUGCACUCUGGUAGCUGAGAAAGUUUUGCACUCUAAGCCAGAGCUCUUCAGCCCUCAAGUUGCUCUCUUGCUUUACGGCACAAUCCUUCUGGACACAGUGUGCCUCUCUGAGUCUGCACGGAAAACGACAGCCAAGGACUUGGAAAUGGUGUCCAAGUUGCAGGCGUUGCUUCCGGAGCUGAGCAAGGAGGAAGUCUUCAAGCCACUGUGCAGGGCAAGGUCCAGCGUUGAUGGCUUGUGUUUGGAUGAGCUCCUUCGCAAGGACCUCAAGGUUGUCUGCUCAUCAGCAAAGCGCAUAGCGAUAUCGUCGGUGCCUGGAGAAUUAAAGAGCAUCUGUCAGGAGAACACAAUGGAGGCAGAGCUGGGCAAGUUCUGCAAGACACAUGGCUACAGUGCCCUCAUCAUCCUCACCUUUGCUGUAGAAGAAAAAAGCAAUUCGGUUCAGAGGCAGCUGGCAGUCUUCUCUUCGGACAUUGUGCUCAAGCAGCAGCUGACGUCAACACUUUUGGCAGUGGGGGACCCUUCACUGGAUCUCCAGGUUUCGCAUAUGUCUACAGACCACCUCAUCACAUUUGUCCAAGGCAACACUCAAGCCUCGAGAAAAGUCAUCCUUCCAGUUGUGAGAAAGUUCCUAAGCACUCUCGAUGAUAACAUCCUGCCCAAGAUGAAUGAGCAUUGCCCCCAGACAAAUGGAUCUCUCAGCGUUAACAAUCAACCUUGUGCACCAACAACUGCAGGUGUUCAUUCCACAAAGAAUGCAAGCAGUCCUGAGGACACAGCAUUGCGGGACCCGCCUUUCUCACCUUCGGACUCUUCAAAUAGCAUGUCUGAAACUGCAAAAGAUGGGGUUUCUUGCAGAGGCACAGAAAAGGUGAACGAUGAAAGCUUCGAUGCAGCAGUUGAUGCUGAUGCACCGAGUCAUGCUGCCUUCCCCUACCGAGCCCAGACGGUGGACUUUCCUGACAGCCCACACCUGAGGUCUGCACAGAGGAAAACUGGUUCAACCUGUGGUGAAGAUGAAACAGAUGAUGAAGUUUUGUCUAGAGGAGACCACAUGUCAGUUUCUGAAGCUCGAAGAGCUUCCUGUUCCCCAUUACUGGCUCAAGUCAGCAACCUUGAGUUGAGCCAACCUUUGAGCCUGGCCUCGGAGCUGGAAGAAUACUAUGAGGACAGUCUCCUAAGCGGCAGACUGGCCGUUCCCAAUUUGGAAAAAUCGCCUUUGUCAGCUCCCCUCACAAUUUCCUCCUCCAGCCCCGAGUUUGAGGCUGAAAAUGAAGAGGCUGAACCUACGUCACUGCCCAGCUUCGGUUUUUCCUCGCAGAAUGAUGACUCCUAUGCUCAAGUCAAACACUCCACACCUAAUGCGAGCAAGACUUCGUUAGACCCUGCAAUCGAACAGUAUUCUGAUGACGUGGCUCGCAUUAAUCUGCACAACCUGCCUUCUUCCUUAGACAAUGGCAACUCUUUUCUUUUUGAAGAGAAGGCCUCUGGGGAACUACCAGACGAAGAUCUCGUUGUGAAGAUUAGAAGCUGCUUCGAUGAGGCUAAAAUUAAGGAUGGCUACGUUUUGAGCGGGCGGCUUCAGGACCUGCUGACCCCGAAGGAAGUGGACGAAAUUGUCAACAACUAUGUCUCGUACUCCAGCUUUAUUGACGACAACAUCCUAGAGGCUGUCGUAGAAUUGGCAGGAGGGAGCCAGAGCCUGAAGAAUGGCAACAGUCAUCAAAGUCGGGAAAAGAAAGUGAUUGUACCAAACUUGGAGCCGUUCACAGAUGACUCAAGCGACAUUGUAGUGGUUGCUUACGAGGAGGACGACAUUAGCUCUAGCCUUUGCAGCAAUGGGAACAAGACGGCGAGCCUUGAAAAGAGGAGUGUAGCUCACUGCGGUGGUGGUGACGGCCAUGGCAUUCCGGAGACCGAGACCUUUCACUCUCUGAAGAGGAUAGACGUUGAGGAGUCAGUCCUAAAGAAACUCCAUAUGCUUCCUGGUACUGGAAUUCCGAGCAGAUUUAUGGCUGACUCAUCUCGUAGUUUGUCUUCGCUGCCAGUCGAGCUCUCUCAGCAGAAGCAAGAGGUUAAGAUGAGCACUGCCCGUUCAGAUCCAGAACUGCCUGUAAUGGCCUAUGCAGAACAACCCUUUAACGACAGUGUCGACAGUGUCGAACAACCCUUUAACGACAUUGCCACUGCUGCUGAUGUUCCACCCGAGCUUGUUUCAGAAGAAAGGCUGCAGGAAAAUGACUCCAGUACCCCAGCAGAGAGGCCUUCAAGCUUGAGUGGUGCUAACAGGAGCAGGCGCAAGAUUAAAGUGAACCCAGACAUUCUUCGUGCCCAGAUUGGUCUUGACGAUGACCAGAAAAGCCUUUCAUCAAUGAGCAACAAGAGUGACGGAGAUGUCUUCUCACCUGCGGACGACCUGGCCACGCCAGAUAUCGAGACUCCUGAUGAACUGGGUGACUCUGUACUUGGAAGAGAUGACUCGACCCUGAGUGACUCAAUUCCUGAGAUGUCUGCUCGAGAAGAGUACGCAGAGGAGAGAAGCUGGAAGACUUGCAACGUGGGGGGUGUUGAGCGCAAGAUUGACAUGAGGGUGAUCGAGCCCUACAAGAAGGUGCUGUCCCAUGGAGGCUACUUUGCAGAGGAUCGUCAGGCCAUCAUUGUGUUCAGCGCAUGCCACCUGCCUGAUCGGUGCCGAAGAGACUACGACUAUGUCAUGGAUAAUCUAUUUUUGUAUGUUUUGUCAACGUUAGACCAACUGGUGGUUGAGAACUACGUGUUGAUUUACCUUCAUGGGGCCACUGAGCGCAGCAAGAUGCCCAGCUUUGGGUGGCUUAAGCGCUGCUACCAGAUGAUUGACAGAAGGUUGCGGAAAAACCUGAAAGGGCUCUAUCUAGUGCACCCUACAUUCUGGCUCAAGACCAUUGUCAUUAUGACCAGGCCUUUUAUCAGCACAAAGUUUAGCAGGAAGCUGCGUUUUGUAUAUAGUCUCGAAGAGUUGUCUUGGGUGGUGCCGCUUGACCAUGUGUGCAUACCAGACAAAGUGAAGCAAUUCGAUGCUGAGCGCGUCCUUGAAGGAUAGGAGAGCCUCACUCCGCUUCAUGGAGGUUGGAGUUUGAGAACAUGAUCAAGGAGAAGAAAAAAAAACUGGGGAGCAGAAAGGUUCUUCCAGGGCCAAGGCAGGUCACGGAUGAUGCUUCCUAGCAGCUCUGUUACUGCAGCACCUGGACUGAUGCAGGUGCUUCGUCAAAACAGUUGUUGUUUAUGAGUGUUGUUGCGACUUUUAGCUUCUGAGCACUGUACAGAGUAGAAAGACACUUAGCAUUCGCAUUCAGUUGACAUAUUUGUACAGCCAACGUGUUUUGUGGCUCAUAUUUAUAGUCUGAGAAAGAGCCAAGAAUGGUAUCUUACUUGAGGAUAAGCUGUAAGUUAUGACUAGGCGGUGUCAAGACCUGGGAAUGCUUGUAUUUAUAUUCUGUGUGGAAAUAAGUGUGUGUCUUUUUUGGAUAUUCUUUUAUGUGCCUUUCUUUCUUAACUUCUGCAGAGCUGCACCUUCAAAUAUGUGCUGGCUUACAAAAAUGCUUCAUUGACAUCAGAUUUUAUCUUUUGUACAGUAAGUGUACAGUUACUAACUUUUAUCAGAGAAGGUCACAUGUGUAAUUUUGUGAUGAAUGGGGUGUCAAAAAUGAUGGGGCGUAUCAGGAGUGCAGACAGAUUUUGAGCAGUGUUGCUAUGCGACGCUUAUUAAACAUAUCAUGGCUUCCUGUGCAUCCGUUUUGUAGAAGUGCAGCACCAAAUGCGUUCGUCGUUCAAAGAGCACCUUAUGGAAUUUUGACAAUUUGUUGUAGCUUUGGUAGAUGUAACUAAGCUUCUGAUCAGCCAGAGUGGCGUAGACGGUAGCAGCGAGCAUAAGUAAUGCCAGUGGACUUGCAUAGUUCUAUUUCUACUGUGCGAACUGUGGCAGUGCUGUUGUACAUCAUAAUUGAAUGGUCUUGGCGCUGGUGUUGUUUUUGAAGAAUCAAUGUUGCUGUUACAAGAGCUUGUUGCUAGUUGCAGAGUUUAUAGAGUAGUUGACUGUUACACCUAGAGCUGUUUGCACCCAGUAUUUCGAAGCACCGACUUGCCAGCAUGCCUCCACGUGCAUGUUUGUUUGCUCUUAACCGUUGUAGCCGUGCCAGUGCAGUGUGUUGUCAAUGUCCCUGGCUUCAUUGUGCUGCAUGUAAUAAGCAUUGAAGCACAUUGCGCUGGGUAUGGCUGCUAACAUAGACUGAAGUAUUGUGCACAUAUAUAGCCUGUUUCAACCUUCAUAGCCUACACUCUGUUGUGUUUGCUGUAGUUAUGAUAAUAGUCAAGACAGACAUAUAUUUUGUAUGUGCACUUACAUGUUGGGGCACGCACUAUCAUUGACCAGAAUCCAAGAGUAUUGGUGUUUAUGUGAUGAUUGGCGUGUUCAGAAUACUUUUAAGCAGCACUGUGUGAUAAUGUUGGAAACUGUUGCUGUGGCAAGGCAUCCAGGAAGAAUGUUUGUUCAACUGACCUAAUGGAAUUGCUCAUUGAGCUAAAGUAGACUCACAAUGCUGCCACGUGACUGGGAAGCCAUGAGGCUUGCUAGUUUGCUGCGAGUAGCAUGUGUGCAAACACUCUAACUGCUUUAAGCAUGCAUGACGACACAAUACUGGCUACGUUUCAGCUAUGUGCAAAGCCUGUCCACGAAAUUUAGUGUGCUGUGUAUCAAAUGCAGCCUGCAUAUUUACCAGUUUGUAACUACCCGAAAUGGCUUGAAGCCAGAAGCUGUUGUGUGGUUAUCUUCGUGGCUCUUGUAUGCUAAACUGCUUGCACGUUGGUUGUCCAUACUGUGGGGUAACAAGUCAAAAGAUACGACACACUCCUGUUUGUGAAAUGCCUCGAUGUUGGGGCUUCCACUUGCCCCAUUUGUGCUCAGUGGCAUGGACAGUGAGAGCUCUACUACAGUACAAUAAUGCACUGUUGAUUGCUGCGUUUCAAAUGUUAUUGAAGUGUUGAUAGCUCAGUACUUAAAAGCCAGUGAGGGCCUGAUCAAACUGUAGGCUGGUUGUCGAAGACCAUUUCCUGUACUCAGAAAAGUGUAACCAAUGGACGGCCCAAUAAAGAAAAAAAUAAUUGGAGUGCA